AUGGACUUUCCCCUAUAUCCCAUCGACCGCUUUGCCAUUUGCAUGGUUCCUUUCGUCUUUGUCUCCAUAGCCUGGGUCAACUGGUUCCUCGUCCGUUUGGUCCUCCGCAUGGCAAUCUAUGUCGUCCCACUCGCCUUCCCCGCCGCCGUUCUCCUUCCUCCCAUUCCCCGCAUCCUCACAACCUUCGCCAGCUGGGUCCCCGUGGCUCACACUUCUUGGAUCGCCUUCGGCUUCCUGGUUUCGACUGUGAACCACAUCGCACUCCGCGAGCAACGGCAUGGUGGUGCACUGAAGGACAUUGGCGUUUACGUUCAAGACCACCAAGCGCCCGAGCCCCAUCUCCUUGAUCCCACUCGUGCUGCCAUGUUCAAUGUCCAGGAAAGUUUUGAUAUCGUCGCUGGCGACUGGGACUAA